GCAUAAACAACAAACCCAUCGGAAUCAUCGACUCUCCGCUCCGCCCAACUCCAACCAACUGUCGCGACAAGUCCAAGCUGAAUCCACGAGACAGUCGGGGUUGUGUGUCUCUUUUCUUAUUCUCUCGCUUCCUGAAAAGGAUCUUAUCUUACCUUUCUUUCCUCACCUUCGUUAUCGUCUGGGGCUGGCAUCUGCUUAGCUCGACACUGCCGCAACCAUGGCGAUCCGUGCCUUGGAUGAAUGGGCCUCCACCCGCCUCCAGUCUCUCCCCCUCUCUGCCCUCAAAGGGGCCGUGGUCGGUAUCGAUGCGUCGCACUACAUCACCCAACACCUCCUCCACCAGUCCACCCGCGAACCUCUCCUGAUCGCACUGGGCGGUUUCCCAUUCGCGCUAAAGAACAACAUCGAGCGGGAGCUGCAGAUCUUUAAGAAUCUGGGCGUGGCUUGUGUUUUUGUUUUCGAUGGCCUCGAGUUUGGCAAGAAGGACCGGCGACCCCACGUGCGACCUGAGUCGGUACGGGCUUUUGGGCAGGCUUGGGAUCUUUACGAUCAGCAGCAGGCGGAUCAAGUCGUGGAUGCGUUUAGCUCUGCUGGUACACCCCCUCCGGUGAACUUCUACAAGUUCUUGCAACGGAUUCUCCUUCAGAAUGGAUUGGACUUUAUUGUUGCCCCGUAUAGCGCUGCGGCUCAGCUUGCCUACCUCACAAGCGGCCCGAACCCCCUCGUCGAUGCAGUCUUUGGAUCUUCCGAAAUCCUCCUGUUCAAUGUCGACAAGCUGAUUACCCGGAUUGACUCCGAGCCGGCGCAGUUUUUCUGGAUCACAAAACAGACUUGCCAGGAGGAGUUGGGCAAGUUAACGAAUGACCAGUUCUUGGACUUCUGUCUUCUUUUGGGUUCAUCGUUCCUGCCAACGUUCCCGGCAUUUGAGACCCAACCCUUCCCGGCCAAGGGGCCCACCGUCCGCGAUGCCCUGCCAAUGUUCAACCUUGCCGGGAGAAGCGCCCUCGCUCUCUGCGCCCAAUUCGAAGAAGACCGCCGCGUGCAAGAUGUUCAGUACACGGACCUUUACAAACGGGCUUACAUGACUGUGAAGCACCAUGUGUUUAUCGAUGUGGAUGGAAAGGUUGCGCCAAUGGAUCCGGACAAUACCUCUAAUGAUAUGCAUGAAAUAAUCGGGCAGCGACUUCCUGAGGAGCUGUACUUUUACCUCUCCAAGGGAAUCCUGGGAGCUGAUAUCCCGAAUACCUUGACCUCCAGUGAAGUUUUGGUCUCCUUGCCUCUGGGGCUCAGGCAAUCUCUUUGGUGGCGAACACCCUGCACCGUUUCUAUCAGACUAAGGUGAUUAAUGUGCGCACUUGGUUCGACGAGAACUCGGACCGCUCGAUCAACCUGAAGAAUCUCUCAGUUAAGGACACCAUCAAAUCGUGGAAAAUUAACAGCGAGCAGCUUCCAGAGAAGCUCAAGAAAUUGCCGGAAACUGCCGGGCCAUUUAGAUUUGCCGUUCAAAGCUUGAAGGAUAGAGACUUUGUACCCAAGUC